GGCACCAACAGUGACAGCUCUAGUAAGGUUUACCUUUUGUUGGUUAUGUGCAAUGUUUGUCUAGGAGCAGAGUUUCCGUUUACUGUAAUUUGUGUUCACGACUGCGGCGUCUAAUUACGACAAAUCUGGAAAUAAUAAUAGUUCGUCGAUUAUAAAAUCUAAUUUAACAUAAAAAUAUAAUAUCAAGGUUCGACAAUGAAUUCUCCAGGAUCUCGAGCGUUAGAGACAGCUAAAAAUAUGAAAGAUAUGGCAAUAUUUAAGAAACCACGCGGGGUUGCGAAACGAUACAAAAAAAUACAACCAAAAAUUUUGGACGAGGAUACAUAUGUAAGGAAGAUGGGGGAAAUUAUCCAGAGAGACUUUUUUCCUCAUCUUGAUAAACUUCAAGCGCAAAAUCAGUACUUGGACGCGUUGGAGCAAAACGACGCGAAAAGAAUGAGAGAACUGUACGAGAAAUAUAGUUCGGGACGUCCAAUAACCGAGAGACCUGCUAGCCCUGCUACGUUCGAGACUCCCAUGAAUAAAACAGAAUCCGAAGAUGAACCAUUAAAAACUUUGAAAACAUCUAGAGAUACUACCAUUAAUGAAAAUACCAAGGACAAAGCUAGAGACGAAUGUAAGAGCGGAUUAGAUGCCUAUUUGAGUACGCAUACCAGCGAGGAUAACGCGAGCUUCGAAGAGAUGAUGGUCGAAGCGGAAAGAAGACUUAAACUUAAAUUUGCUUGGCUCUACGAAGCAGAGGAGAAACUGGAAGCCUUGACAAACGACGAAUCUAAUAAUGGUGUUUUAGCUAUAGAGAGUAGAGAUAAGAAACCCAGUCAGUUGGACAGUUGGAAUUACAGAAACAAAAAUUAUAUUAUGUAUGUUCCCGAUGGAGUUGAAUUAACACCGGACGAAAGGAUCGACUUAGCCAAGAAGAAGCAACUGGUAAUGCAUGAAAAUACGAGGCUUCGAAUAAAUCCGUUCAACGAACAACAAAAUAAAGAAACUAUCAGCGAACUGGCAAAGAAUCAAUCGAAGGCUAACGAUGGAAAAAUAGGAGUUGACGGUAAAGAAAUCGUUAGAAACCCGACUCCUAGGGUGAACGGAUUUAGUUUUGUAGCAACUCCGAGUCCAAGGCCCGGCGAAUGCGAGAGUCCUUUGAUGACUUGGGGUCAGAUCGAAGGUACGCCGUUUAGAUUAGACGGCGGAGACACUCCUUUAUUGAGAACAAGUCACGGGCCAUCGUUUAGAAUGGCAGAACCACCGAAGAGGGAACAAUUAGCGUUACAAUUAGCGGAAAAGGCUGGAGAAAGACACAGAGAUAGAAAGACUAAAGCUUUGGAAGCAGCUAGAAGAUCGCUAGCGACACCUUCGCCAAGAUCAACUAUAGAUCGCUUGAGUACCAUGUCCCCGGCUGCUAGAAGAUUAGCUACACAGAAGCUACGUAUCGCGAGUACACCGAGUCCCCGAAGAGCCACUUUAUCCAGAACACCGUCGAUCGGCAUUAGAACACCGGGCACUCCAAGAAUACAUACACCAUCGAAAUCCGAAAAUCACCUUAGAAUCGAAAACAGUAGCACUCGCUCGCAAGGACCUGUUCUCACCGACAACCUUCUUAAUUUGCCUCUUCAGAGACAAAGAGCAGCGGAUUUUUUCAACAAAUAAACCACACAACUCGCGUGUUACACUAUCAUUUACUAUAAUACUAGGUGUUAUAAGCUAAUGUAAAUA